UGAUGUGUACGAAAGGAACUUUGAUGCUGAUUUUAAAUGUAUUCGUCUUUGUCUUUGUUAUAUCAAGCCAAUCGACAGCAGACCCUCCAUUGAUUGGUAACUACGACGUCAAACGAUGCUAUAUACUUGACGUCAUAUUCAAGUACCAAAUUCCAGGAGGCCUUACGGUCAACACCACCAGAAAUGUCACACAGGAGUUUCAAAGACCUUUUCUGACAGCGUACAAGCUAUAUCUUUCUCUUCAACAAUGCAAAGAGGUGAUUGUCACAAUCGGAAAUAUAACAUCAUCUCCACCAGGAGUUAGUCUUGUUUACUUCCGAGUACCACUUACUUUUACAGCAUCAAAUAACAUAGCUGAUGAUCUUGUGGCUAUAAAUGUUACAACCUGUGUGAACGCUGCAAAUGUCUCCUUAAAAGGAUAUAUAGACCGAAGUGCUCCAAACAUAACUCAAAACAAAACCACAUACCAAAUUAACCAACCAUCUUCAUCGGAGAAGAAGUCAUGCUGUGGUGGGGAUGUACCGCCGCCCUGCUGUGCCGUUGGCUCAAUCAAGGUUUUAAAUACUAGUUGCGGUUGUUUGCCUGGAUUUCACUUCGUCACCGGCCGUUCGUGUGUUCCUUGUCCUUCUGACACUUAUCAGGAUGAACAAGGACAAAAGUCUUGUAAGACUUGUCCAGCUAAUACAGUAACAUUUGGUAAGACAAGAAUGACAAACAAGACCAACUGCACAGGUUGUUUACCUGGAUUUCACUUCGUCACCGGCCGUUCGUGUGUCUCUUGUCCUUCUGACACUUAUCAGGAUGAACAUGGACAGAAAUAUUGUAAGACUUGUCCAGUUAAUACAGGAACAUUCGGUAAGACAAGAAUGACAAACCAAGCCAACUGCACAGAUACAAAUCCUCUGCAAGUUAAUGACCAAGUAGUUUUCCUGCCUGAAAACAUCAACAACGAAACAAUAGUCGUGAAUGUUACUGUUACUGCAGUUCUGGCUUCCCUUGUUCGACCAUUUAAGUUUUACGUAGAUAAUGUCACACAGCCACGACUACUGUCACACGAGGUGUCAAGGCGAAAGCGGCGUCGUGUUGAAGUUGAUUCUCAGUGUACACACCCUGAGCUCUGUCCUCAAAUGUUAGUCGAUCUCUGUUUUAAGGAAGGUGUUGUCAUACCAGAAAGUUAUUUCUGCAUUCAUCGAUUCACUGGACGAAUAAGGGUAACGCAAGACUUUGUCUUCAAGGAAGGUGAAGUAUUUGAUUUACAAAUACGCGUGACGGACAGCGACCCAAGGGGAAUAACCGUAAACACAGCCAAAGUCAAACUCAUUUCUGGUGACCCGUGUAGGAACGUCCAAGCGAUUUAUGAUGAAGCCGUGAAAUAUUGCAUCAAGAAUUCAGAAUCUGUGGAUGGAAGAAAGAAGUGCUUGAGUACUCAGUGCACAUUGACUGCCCAUGAUUGGAAAGAGGCACUUAACAGUGCAAGUAAUGUACCAGAGAAAGACUGCUCAGCUGAUCCCCAUAAUCUUACAGUGCUCAUCCGCGAAAACCCACUUUGUGGUAAGUAGUCACGUGUUGCAGAGUCUACUCUAUCUCCUCGUCUUAUCACGUAACACGUGCUCUUUCUCAGAGAGCGCGUCGCGUGACCAACAGGCAAAGACUUCGAAGGAGACUGGAGUCGACUCCCAAAAACAGUAGCUUUGAAGAGUAUCGAUGGAUACAGUUUGUUACUCUCCCCUCCCACCCUUCCCUUUGCCGUCCACACUAAAUGUCCGAAAACACUGAUGAAAGCAACAGAGUGAUGUUUUUCACGUCACCAUUUUGAGAAGCACUGAUCCGUUUUCACCUGUCCACAAAAGAAAUUGGGCGUUUUCAAGACUCCACUUUUGAAAUCGUCUUCGACAGUGUUCAUUUUAUUCCCUUUCAUCAGGUGUUUCGGUGUGGACGAAAGAGAAUGGGGCUAUAUUCACCAUAAGCCCCAGUCUUACCGCCGUCAGACCAGUUGAAAACUGCUGACCCGUAUUGCAGAUUGUUAACUCUCCGAGAUGUGUUUUUCACCAAAGAUGUACAUUUCGGAUUUAAUGCUGCAGUCAGAAAUCCUAAAUGUGCAUUACUUAUAUCCACAAUUCAGAGCUUUGAUAAGAGAUCUGAAUCGUCUGUUGCAAAAUUUAAACAAGAUAGAUUUUC